AUGUUUGAUCCCAAUUUCACCAUCCGCCCCCGGCUUCUCCGCACCAUGCGCGAGAUCGGCGAGACGCUGGGCGUCAUCCGGGUCAGCCACCUUUCGGAUGCGCGGCUGGCGCGGCUGACCCAUGCGGCGCGGGCGCUGUCGGCCCAUGCCUCGACCAGUAUUGAAGGCAACCCGCUGCCGCUGACCGACGUGAAGCGGUUGCUGAAACAGGCGCCGGGGCAAGUCCGCGAUACCGAGCGUGAGGUGCUGAACUAUAACCGGGCAUUGGAGUGGGUGCAGGAGCAAGUGAAAGCCGAACGGUUUGAGCUCAACACGGCCACCUUCGAGACCGUUCAGGGGAUGGUGGUCGAUGGGCUGAUGGAAAAUCCGUUUGACGUGGGUCGUAUCCGACAGAAACCGGUGGUGAUCCGCGAUCCACGCGCGCCGGACAGUACGGUCUUCCUGCCGCCCGAUCAUGGGGAUGUCAAAGGGCUUUGCGAUGACAUGUUUGCGUAUCUGCGAGACCAUGUCGGUGAAUUGGACCCGGUCCUGCUGGCCGGGCUGUUUCACAAGCAGGCCGUCAUCAUUCAUCCGUUUAUGGACGGCAAUGGCCGCUCGACCCGCCUGAUGACCACGGGCAUCUUGGGGAUGACGGGCCUUGACGUGUUUCCAAUCUUCUCGUUCGAGGAAUACUAUAACCGCAACGUCACGCGCUAUUUCCAGAUGGUCGGCGAGCAAGGGGAUUUCUAUGAUCUCACUGGCGGGGCGGACUUCAGCGUUUGGCUGGAGUAUUUUGCGGAAGGCAUUCUGGACGAACUGAAACGCGUGCAAAAAACACUGCCUGCCCAGCAGCCGCGUCUUGAGCCGCACCAUCGCCUCAUUCUGGAACACCUCGAAAGCCAUGGCUCCAUCACCCAGCAGGAGUAUGGCGGGAUAUCCAACCGGUCCCUGGCGUCCCGCAAGAACGACUUUGCGCGCCUGGUCGAACUCGGUCUGAUCCGCCCGGUGGGCGGUGGUCGCAGCAUCCACUACGUUCUGGCGGAGUGA